AUGUCAACAAAUACAUUUAAUUCAGAACCAUCCAAAACAGAUAAAUUACAUUUAAAAGAAGCUCUCUCUCAUAAUAAAGCUAUCCACUUUACUUCUAGAUACAUGUAUUUAACUCUUUGGGGAGAUGAAAUAUCAAACCAAACACAAUUUAAAGAAUUAAUAGACCGAUUUGCUGGACCAACUAAUAACCUACAAUACGCUCAUAUUUCUCCAAUAGAACAAGACGAGGUUAAUCCUCAUCCUCAUCAGCAUGUUAUAAUUGUAACCAGAAGACCUCACUCCUUUAAAGCUCGUCCUAUUAUUAACCAUUCUGAUGGCACAAAACAAACAUUCUGGUACUCCAGAGUGAAUUCUUACACCUCAAGGACGGGCGAUAUUUCUAAGAUUAUAGAAUACAUUACAAAGAAGGGUAAAGGAAUGUUCAAAGGAGACCCAACGCUUAAAGAAGAUCUUAAACAAACAUGGAUAAAUGCUUUAUCCGAUUUAGAUUCAUACCAAGAUUACGGAGAAUUAGAAAAGAAUUUGUUGGAUAUUAACGCAGAAAAAUAUAUCCAACAAGAAGGUAAAAUUAAAUCACGUUGGAUGCGUAAAAAUGCGAGAAGACUUGAUAUUGAAAAUUAUACUAGAAAUGAUUUAUUACCUUGGAGAGAAGAAAUGGAGGAAGUUCAAACAAUACGUAAAUGGAUUAAAUGCGCUCAAGGCGAUCGUUAUAGAAUGGGAAAUUUAUUCAUUGUUGGACCAACUAAAACCGGUAAAACAGAAUUUGCCAUUCAAGAAAUAUUCUUAAAAUUUAAUACAUUUAUGUUAAGAGGAGAUUCUCUCUUCGACGCUUAUGAUGAAGAACAAAAUUAUAGAUUUAUACUAUUUGAUGAUAUCAACUAUGAUAAGAAUUUAAUAAGAUUAAUAAAAGCUAUUACAUCCACUAUCAAUAAGAAAACAAUGGUAAAUAUCAAAUAUUCUAAAGCUAUUGUAACCGCCCGUCCUUGUAUUCAUUUAUUAAAUCAGAAAGAAUAUGAAAGUGUAGUAAGUUUAAUGAAGUAUAACGGUGGUUAUAAUUGGUGGAAGAGAAAUUCAUUGACGGUAUUUAUAAAUAAAAAACUUUAUAAAGAUCCAGAAGAAUCUGAAAAUGAUUCAGAAGACAUGGAAAAACAAGAAGAAAACUACGACGCAAUGAACGACUUAGAAGAAAAAUUUAAUGAAAUUAAAGAUAUGCCAGAAAGUCAAACAUCAGAAGAAACCAAUCCUAUUGAACAUCAAACAUUCUACAAUAGAGUAACAAACUUAUUAGAAGCGUUGGGCUAUGACAAUACUUUCUUAGAAGAAUUUAAUGAAAAGAUUAAAGAAUCAAGAAAGGACAAGAAGAUGAAAAGAGUACUAGAUGAAUCUCAGGAGAAUAAUGAUAGCAUGAUUGAAGAAUGGAACGAAGACCUUGAAUCAUAUCAAUUAGAUAAUCCAUUAGGUAUGUCAAAAGAUGAUUUUAAUCGCUUUGAAAGAGAUACAAUGACAACUUAUGAAAAGCAAAGAAGUAAGUAUUUUAACAACACUCCUAACAACAAUACUAUGGAAGAAGAAGACUAUGAUGAUGAUGACGAUGAUGAUGAUUAUUCAGACGGACCAUUAGAACACGCACCUUUUGGAGGGAAAAAUGAUGAUAUGGACAUAAUAUACGACUAA